GCCCUGGCGCGGUGCAUGCCGGGAUAUGACAUCCCCGCGCAGGGCACGCCGGGAGCGGGGGGGCGUGGCCCUGGCGUGGUGCAUGCCGGGACCGCGCCAUGGCGGGCUUGGAGCUGCUCUCGGACGAGGGUUACCGCGUGGACGGGCGCCGGGCCGGGGAGCUGCGCAAGGUGCGCGCGCGCAUGGGGGUCUUCGCCCAGGCCGACGGCUCCGCCUACAUCGAGCAGGGCAACACCAAGGCGCUGGCGGUGGUGUACGGGCCGCACGAGAUGCGUGGCUCCCGCAGUAAGGCCCUGCAUGACCGGGCGCUGGUGAACUGUCAGUACAGCAUGGCCACCUUCAGCACGGGGGAGCGUAAGCGCCGGCCCCACGGCGACCGCAAGUCCAGUGAGCUGACGCUGCACCUCAAGCAGACCUUCGAGGCAGCGAUCCUCACCCAGCUCUACCCCCGCUCCCAGAUCGACAUCUACGUGCAGAUCCUGCAGGCGGACGGUGGGAAUUACUGUGCCUGCGUGAACGCAGCCACGCUGGCCACCAUCGACGCAGGCAUCCCCAUGCGAGACUAUGUGUGCGCCAGCUCAGCCGGCUUCAUCGAGGACACACCGCUGGCCGACCUCAACUACGUGGAGGAGGCAGCCGGGGGCCCCCAGGUGGCCCUCGCCCUGCUGCCCAAGUCGGACCAGAUUGCCCUGCUGGAGAUGAACUCGCGGCUGCACGAGGACCACCUGGAGCAGGUCAUCGAGGCUGCCAGCAAGGCCUGCAAGGACGUCUAUGCCGUGCUGGACCAGGUGGUGCGUGACCACGUGCACGAGGUCACCACACUGCUGGGGGAGUGAGCGCACAGGCGUGUGCGCCUAGGACCAGCGCUGCAUGGGGGCAGGGAGCACUGCCCUGACCUCAGCAAGGGAUCGAUUCUGCAGGCAGUGCCAAUGCCAGCAAUGUGCCCGUUCGUCCAGCAGCCUGGUUCUGUAACGCCCCAACGUCAACAUCUGUGUUGGGCCCAGGCUGAGCUCCUCUGCUUGGUGGUAACAUCACGUCGCUACGUUUGAACGUCUUGCCAGGGUCUCUCACUGGGUGACGGACCCUGACUGUGGUACUCGUGUCUGUAGUCCCGGCUGCCUACGCCCGGGCUUUGGGCCCCUCUUAAUCUCCUAGGGGCCGCGGGAGGCUGGGGCGUGCGUCCCAGUAGGCAGCUGUUCCAUGGCUUGGGGCAGGAGCAGCUCGCUCCCCAGAUAUCAGUGGCAGUUCCUUUUUAUAAAAAAUGCUCUAAAUAAAAUGUUGCUUUGGUGCAAA